GUAAUUACGAAAUAUCGGGACGCUACCAGCGGUAGUGGUUAGAUGCUCUUGCUUUCGUUCCAUCAUGAGUUCGCCUUAUGCAAAUGUACCCCGACCCUCUCCACGACCGAGUCCAUCCAGUCGGAGACCUUUAACAAUUGCAGAGCUCUCAGAACGUGCUCUUUCCAACCUUUGGGAUCCUUCGAAAGGUCUCAAGCAAUGGCUGAAGAAAGCAGAUGGCUUCCGGAAAGCUGGUAGAGCAUAUGCCGAGGCUGGCGAACUUGAGGAAGCCUUCAUGGAAUACGCAAAAUCUGCGACAAUAAUUCUUGAGAAGCUUCCGAUGCACAAGGAGUACUACACUUUAUUGUCACCAACACAGCGCCACAAUCUUGGUCUUAACGGUCAACAAAUUCUUCUUGAUCUUGGUGAAAUCAAACCAAUCAUCGUCGACCGCUAUGAACGAUGGAGAAUGCAAAACAUUGAAUCUAGCAGGCCAUCGUCAUCAACCGGUUACCCAGAGGGCAGCAGGCACACAGAGUACAGGCGACAAGAUGAUGGUCGACGCUCUCCCUUCGAUGAUUCUGGAUGGCUAGCACAAGAAGCAGCUCGUAGAGAUGCUGAACGAAAGCGUGAGGAGCAGCGAAGAGCUGAGGCACGUUAUUCUAUGCGUUCAUUCGAGACACAGCCACCGCGUCUACAGAUUGAUACCGGAAGCAAGAAAAAGGAAGACGCCUUGGGAGCUGCUAGGCGCGCAGCGAAUUCACAGCUAUUCGAUUUGACGUACUACAAUCGCGAAGGUACCACUACUGACCCCGUAACCCCUGUGAGCGCUGUGGAGAAACGGAGAGAGCAUGACGAGUUCAGGAAGCAUGAAGACCGAAUAAGAGAUGAACAAGAUGAAGUUAGACGAAGACGCAGGCGCGAACAAGAGGGUAUUCUGAAACGCCAAGAGGAAGCAGAGCUCGCUGCGCGGGAGGCUCGCCGCAGCAUUGCUCCUUCUCCCAUGCCUGCGGCGUCCGCAGGCGGUUCUCAGCGUUCAUCUUACGCGGAUCCACAAUUUUAUGAAGAUGUAGCUCCUCUUCUUAUGCCUAUCGAGAGCCCAACAAGAAACCGCGCUACAACUCCAACAAGUUUGAAGCCCCCGUCUUAUCCUGCACCAGUAACCACAACAUCACCUGUUCCACCGGACGGACAUAUUCAAUACCCAGAACUCAUGUCGCAACAUCAGCUCAAGCAAGGUUACGCACCUUCCCUGCAAUCAAUGUUCAACUACCCUACUCUUAAGCCCACCAAUCUUGUACGGUCUUCCCUACUUUUCGUACCAGAAUCUUCUCAAUUGUCUACUAAUCAACUCCCUGAUACAUCUGUGGUUGUGUUGCCAAGUCAGCCGGCACCAUACCCAUACUCUCAAAAUACGCGGCCGCCUUCUGAUGCCUACUUUGAUUCUGCAACCCCGUAUUCUUCCCUUUCACGAGCUCCUCAGGCUGCGCCUCCACCACCACCCGCUCCUAUACAUCAUGUCGAUGGUGACCGGUACCGAACCGCUUCCCAAGAGUCUGCACGGAUCACUCGUAAAGCCAGCGAUCCUGUUCAAGUACCCGACCUAAAGACUGUGAGCUUGCCACGAGAAUGCCUUCCACGGUUUUUAUCCAUCGCAUCGCUGAAUACGGCACGAAAUCGCGAAACCUGUGGGCUAUUGCUUGGAAAAGACAGAGGAAAUAAAUUUACUGUCACGACACUCUUGAUUCCAAGGCAACAUUCAACGAGUGAUACCUGCACUAUGGACGAGGAAGAGCUUGUCCUGCAAUUCACGGAAGAAAGAUCUUUGAUUACCUUGGGAUGGAUUCACACGCAUCCUUCACAAUCUUGCUUUAUGUCGUCGGUUGACCUACAUACACAUUCUGGAUUUCAGCGUAUGCUUCCGGAGUCCUUUGCCGUUGUUUGCGCCCCAAAGUUCACUCCCAACUUUGGAAUUUUCCGCCUUACCGACCCGCCAGGCUUGCAAACAAUUUUGGACUGCAAUGUUAAGGAAGCCUUCCAUCCACACCCAGAAGUGCCGAUCUACACAGACGCAGAUAAGGGGCACGUGCAAAUGAAAGAUAUCCCACUAGAGAUCGUAGAUCUGCGAUGAUACACGAAUCGACUUUUCCUGACUUUAUCUAUAAUUUACAGACGUAGCAUUUUUGGCACU